AACACUGCGCGUCUUCGAGUCGAUAUCGAAAAGUUAACAACCUUUUUCUUUCGAUUUUGAGUUAAGGCAAUCACGAUUCGAAAGGAUGUUUUUCAUUGUGAUAUUAAUUGGACUUUUCGUCACAUUGCAAGGUUUAGAAGCUACUCCCGCCAGGGUCGUUUGUUACUUCAGCAACUGGGCAGUCUAUAGACCAGGGAUUGGUAGGUAUGGUUUGGAAGACGUUCCAGUCGAUCUUUGUACCCACAUCAUUUAUUCGUUUAUUGGUAUCGAUGAAACAUCAUGGAGUGUACUCGUAAUAGAUUCUGAGUUGGACAUCGAACAAAAUGGUUUUAGAAACUUUAGCGAUAUUAAAAAGACGCAUCCAGACGUGAAGCUCGAAGUUGCCGUUGGAGGAUGGGCAGAGGGAGGCUCUAAAUAUUCCGCCAUGGUCGCUCAGAAAUCCAGAAGAGAUACUUUCAUCGGCAGCGUUGUUGCUUUUAUGAACGAGUACAACUUGGAUGGAUUCGACUUGGAUUGGGAAUACCCCGGCGCUGCUGAUCGCGGUGGAAGUUAUUCCGAUAAAGAAAAAUUCUUCUAUUUCGUUGAAGAACUUAGAACGGCAUUCACUAAAGCAGGAAAAGGUUGGGAGAUCACGAUGGCGGUUCCCAUAGCCAAAUUCAGACUUCAAGAAGGUUACUAUGUACCUGAACUUUGCGAGCUGGUAGAUGCCAUUCACGUGAUGUCUUAUGAUUUAAGAGGAAAUUGGGCAGGAUUCGCCGACACACAUAGUCCUCUAUAUAAAAGACUACACGACCAAUGGGCUUACGAAAAAUUGAACGUCAAUGAUGGUUUACAAUUAUGGGUGGAUUCUGGUUGUUCGCCGAAAAAGCUCGUCGUGGGGAUACCGUUUUAUGGUAGAAGCUUUACUCUAAGUGCCGGAAAUACGAACUAUGAUUUGGGUACAUACAUAAACAAAGAAGCUGGUGGCGGUGCUCCAGGACCAUACACAAACUCCACUGGAUUUUUAGCUUAUUACGAAAUUUGCACAGAGUUAGUAGAUGAGAAUAAAGGGUGGACCAAGAAGUGGGACGAGCUAGGAAAAGUACCUUACGCUUAUAAAGGAACGCAAUGGGUGGGUUAUGAAGAUCCGGUAUCCAUCCAAAUAAAAAUGGAUUGGAUUAAAUCGAAAGGGUACGCAGGAGCAAUGACCUGGGCUAUAGAUAUGGACGAUUUCCACGGACUUUGCGGACCAGAAAAUGCUCUGAUACAUAUUUUACACGCGAAUAUGAAAUCAUACGAUGUACCCGAACCACACGUAUCGACCACCCCCAGGCCGGAAUGGGACAGACCUAAGAGUACGACUUCGUCGGUUAUGACUACAUCGAAGCCGUAUACGACUGCAGCAACUUCGACUACUCCAAAAGCCACCACCACGACACCAAGGAAUAGCUCACCAUCUUCCACGUUCAGUUAUCCAGAUGACACCGAUAAUUUGGCCGAUUGUCAAGCAGAUUUCAUGGCGCACAAAGACUGUGAUAAAUAUAUUCGUUGUGAUCAUGGUAAAGCGACAGUUUUCAAUUGCGAACCCGGCACUGUGUUUCAUACUGGUCUCAACGUUUGUGAUUGGCCCUCGAAUUCUGAUAGAGAAGAAUGCAAAUCCUAGUGUAAUUUCAAGAAUUUAUUUUAAAUAUAAAUAUUCAUUUUCUUA